CCGGACGACAUUGGGUUUUGCGCUCGUCACGUCGAUAGACCAGUACAGUAUCAUCAUGGGAAGGCACCGCCACAACGUGCUGAGCGACGCAUUCCAUUGCCCACCACUAAGCGAGUACGAUCGCCAGGAACUGAUCCUCCAAGCGAAGCUUGCGUGCAAGUACCUCGUCGUGGAUGCCACCGCGUCGGACUCGCUUCCCAUCGAGAACGUUGUUGUGAACGUUAAGACGGGUCGUCACGCCACGGCUCGCUGCAUCCGUGACCAAGUGGAUUCCACUCUCGUUGGCACGGCGACACACACUCGUGUGCGCGCUUCGCUCGGCGACGUCGUGUCGUUCUUCCGCCUCGACUCGCCGUCCAAAGUCCACGAUUAUGCGCGAGUGAUGGGGGACACCUUUACAGAGAGAGUGUCGUUGUACACACUCUUGGAGGCAGCAUCUUCAUUCGACCCCGAUCACACCACCGCGUGGCAACAGCAGCAUUCGGGAACCAUCCACACCAGCACACUCACGCAUUAUGUCGGCGUGGAAUGGCAGUUGUCCAAACCAAAGGGGUUUUCUCCGCGGGACUUUUGCUACUUGGACUACCAAGACUCGUUCUUCUUUGUCGACCAAGCGACUGGCCAGGAGCGGCGCGGGUGGGCGCGAUGUCUUCAUUCAGUCGACUUGGACUGCUGUCCCGACAUGGAGCGGUCAACAGGCAUCAUCCGCGCCAAGAUGAUCCGGUCGGGGCAUGUGUUUGUUGAGUCCACCGACAAGCAAGGCGUGUUGGACUACUACAAGAUUUACUUCAUUGUUCCUGGUGGCACUGUACUCAAGCACUUUCCAUCGCUAUAUAUGAAGAAGAUGCUAAAAACGUUCACCACCUCUGCCCUCAACUUGGAAGAGUAUUUGAUCCAACGACGAUUGCGCCCCAUUCUCGACGUUCCUGUAUCCACGUUCCCCCUCAAGAAGGAUGUGGCGGCGUGCAUGCAUUGCUACCAUCGGUUCCCAUGGAUGGCCACCAAGAAACAGUGCCGAAGCUGCGGCGACGUCACGUGCCCCAAGUGCAGCGCCGCGUGGAGCUUUCACUUGGACCCGUCGUCGUACGUCAAAGUGCACUUGUGCCAUCAGUGUGUCCUGGACGAGGCCGACUUGCCCGUGGCGUUUGCAGCCAGAACGUCCCGAAGUACGUCAUUUGUAUUCUGCUGUACAAUCAAUCACUCAAUGUUCACUCGGUAGCAACGUCGAGGUCGUCCCGUGUCCACAGCGCCCCCCACCGGUCGUUGCAGUGCGUACGACCACCGUAUGCAAGGUCGCGGGUCAGCGAUGCUCACAACCGCCAUACUCCCGACCCCCGUUAUUCCCGUGCGGUGUACCCCAUGUCGUCAUCGCAACAUUCUGAACCAGCGGACGACGACGAUGAACAAGGGCGGCCGCGCGUGAUUACAUUGGACGGGGCGUCUCCCCAAGGCAACUACAACUACCACCACCAUCGUCACCCCCGAAGUCGGGACGACAACAACAGCAACACCAGCAGCCACCACCGGAAUCACCCGCAGACCCCCGACGACGACGACGCCGACGGCGGCAUCGUUGUCAUUUCCCCCACGGAUUGGCGCGGGUCCCAGCUCACAUCGACGUCUUCGGUUCGCGAAGCCCUGCUGACGUUUCAUUCGGAUUCGUCGUCCAUAUAUUUAUAAUUAGUGGCGGCCGAUCGGAUUGGUGUCGGGUGGUGGUGCCAAACUAGUUACUACGCAUAUUAAUACAAUAAACGUUAAAGGCUGGUGUGAAUCCCAC